CAGGGGGGGCGUGGCUCUCCGGGGCUGCCUCACCUGCCCAGUCGAGGGGCGGCGCAGAGCGGAGGAGGAUGCAGCGGCUGCAGGUGGUUAUUGGGCACCUGUCCGGGGCCGGGGGCGGCCGGCCUGCCUCGUUGCGGCCCACCCCCUGCCUGGGCUACUCUGGGGCCGCCCUCUCGACGGCGGCGGCCCCGGAGGAUGUGGUGGUGGUCCACGGGCGGAGGACGCCCAUCGCCAAGGCCAAGAGGGGCGGCUUCAAGGAAACUACACCUGAUGAACUUCUUGCUGCGGUCAUGACAGCUGUCCUUAAAGACCUAAAUCUAAGCCCUGAGAAGCUGGGAGAUAUCUGUGUAGGAAAUGUUCUUCAACCUGGAGCUGGAGCUUUAGUGGCGAGGAUUGGACAAUUUCUAAGUGGCAUUCCAGAGACUGUACCAAUAUCAUGUGUUAACAGGCAGUGCUCAUCUGGGUUGCAGGCUCUGAUCAAUAUAGCUGGUGGCAUCAGAAAUGGAGCUUAUGACAUGGGCUUGGCCUGUGGAGUGGAAAGCAUGUCUCUGCGUACUGUCGGCAAUCCUGGGGACGUCAGUUCUCGUAUGAUGGACAACAGCAACGCCAGAGAUUGUCUUAUCCCAAUGGGAAUAACCUCAGAGAAUGUAGCCGAAAGGUUUAACGUCACCCGGAAAAAGCAAGAUGCCUUUGCCUUGGCUUCUCAGCAAAAAGCAGCUCGAGCCCAGCAGAUGGGGUGGUUUAAAGAUGAGAUUGUCCCGGUCACCACCACCUUCACGGAUGACCAGGGCCAAGAGAAGACGAUCACUGUGCUCCAAGAUGAAGGGGUCAGGCCAAGCACCACGCUGGAGGGGUUGGCGAAGCUAAAACCGGCCUUCAAGGACAAUGGCACCACGACUGCUGGUAAUUCCAGCCAAGUUAGUGACGGCGCUGCUGCGGUUCUCCUGGCCAGACGUUCCAGAGCGUCCCAGCUGGGCCUUCCCAUCCUCGGGGUGCUGAGGUCGUGUGCAAUAGUUGGCGUUCCACCUGAUGUCAUGGGCAUAGGACCAGCCUAUGCUAUUCCGGUGGCGUUGGAAAAGGCUGGUUUGACUGUGAAAGAUAUUGACAUAUUUGAAAUCAACGAGGCCUUUGCUAGUCAGGCUGUCUACUGCGUGGAGAAGCUUGGCAUCCCCAUGGAGAAGGUCAAUCCCCUUGGUGGGGCCAUUGCUUUGGGGCACCCUCUGGGCUGCACUGGGGCGCGGCAGGUGGUCACUCUGCUCAACGAGCUGAAGCGUAGGGGGAAGAGAGGAUAUGGCGUGGUCUCCAUGUGCAUUGGAACAGGGAUGGGAGCAGCCGCGGUGUUCGAGUACCCUGGAAAGUGAACAGAACUCUGGCCUGCUUAAUGGCUGGAAGUUUCCAGCACCUCCCCUCAAAUGAUUCAUUAAUCGGUCCAAUGAAAAGAUGCUCAGGAUGUAGCCUGCAGGUGGGAUACACGCCACAGCACUCUAGUUCAGUCGUCCCUCUUUGCAGCCUUCCAGCUAAAUCUUGCACAGGGAUGGCAUGACAAGAGAGGCUUUGGGUAGGCAGGAUGGGACUCAGUGUCCUAAAUCUUGACCUGUGGGGCAGAACAAGUUGAGUACCCAUUCAUGAGGGGAAUUCUGCCUAAAGGGACUAAUCGUGUAUUUGGGAGCAAGCUCCAGUAGCACUGGCUUCUUCAUUUAGCCAGCCUAACUCUGCGACACAAGCGUCAGUCAGUAGAGGUCCUCUUAGGACUGACUGAUAAAAGGUACAGGUUGAUAUAGCACUGUUGAAACAGAGGAGGGCUGUGGUUUUGCUUUGCUUAGGGAACGUGACU